GGCAAGUUAUGGCAGCGCGUGGCACCAUGCCCCCUCCUGAUUACUACCUAUUUGACACGGCUAUGUCUGCUCAGCCUCCUGAGGACCUGCAGGGUCUGUAUCGAUGCAGCCAACAGCAGCAGCAGCAGCAGCACCACCACCACCACCACCUGCUCAGCCGCUCCGGUUCCCAUUAUGGGCUGUCCGAUGGGGGAAUGAGAGCAGCAUGGAAUCAAGGGCAAGCCAGGGUUGGUGCUGUUGCUAACUCUGUUGUGGCUCCUCCUGUUCCGGCUCCAACUCCCGCCCCUGCUCCACCUCCUCCCCCACCUCCUCCUCCGCCGCCUCCGCCUCCUCCUCCCCCUCCCCCGCCCGCUCAUGAGCUGAGCCGUCUGUAUAGGGAUUCUCUGGCCACCAAGAUGCUAAUACCAGACAGCCAGCGCGUCCGCAGUAGGGAACCCUCUCCGGCGUUUUUUGGGCUUGAGCCGGCCCCUGUGCUUCCGCGCUACGCCUGCACUGAUCCCUCACUGGCCGGCCGCUGCUCCCUCUACUCUGACCUCAACGGCCUCCCAGUGGACUCUUACCAGGUGGCCGGCUGCUUCCCCCCUGAUCCGGCUCUAGUUGGUUCUCAGGGAAUCAACGGAACUCUCCCCAGAGGGAUGAUGCUUAGACAUGAGAGCUCGCCGGGCGGGUAUGGCGUCGUGGCCUCACCGAGACUGCCCUAUGACCCUGCGUACGAUCCCUCGAAUGCUGCUAUGGUUGCUGCUUCUCAGGCACCCCAAGCUGGCAUGCCCUCACACCCAUCUGCUGCCAUGUCUGUGGACUCAAAGCGCAUGGUGGACCAAAGCUUCCUUGCUUUGCUGCGGGCUGAAGGACUUUCCGAGAGCACCAUCACUCUCCUGCUCCAGCAGGGCUUUGACUCCACCUCCAUGCUUGCUAUGAUGGAAGACCAUGAUGUGCGCUCAGUGGCACCUAACCUGGGUCAAGCACGCGUGCUCUCCCGUGUGGUCCUCAACUGUAAGACGGGAGCGCAAGGAAAUGCGGCUCAGCAGAUGCGAGCGCGCUCCAACAGCUUCAGCCACAACCGCAACGACCUCUACAUGCAGCCGCAGGGCAUUACCAUGGACCCCCAUCUGUCUCAGCCACCUCCCUCAGCCUUACAGGCUAUUUCCCCAAGGAUGGGUGAAUUUCUCGGCCGGAGACCCAGUAGCGCCCCCUCUCAGCAUCUUUUGGAGACCACUACCUCCUACCCAGGGGCAAUGAGACCUAUGGCUGGGAUGCCCAUCAGCCCUGGAGGCUAUGCCGCCGCUCUGACCCAGCCCCGGCCGCUAACCCACUACAACACCCACACUGGGCUGGCUAUGUCAGCCCUGCAUCAUCAGCAGCAGAACCAAAUGGCUCCUGGGACUCCGGGAACAGCCCCCAAAACUUUCUCCGGCACCUACAGCCCCAUGGAGCUCAUGAAAAGGGCUCCCAACCUACCACCUCUGUCGCCAGCUCACAGCCCCCAUCUCAGCCCCCAGCUGAUGCGGAAGGGUACGGCUCCGGCGGAGGGUGCAGUUGUCCCUGCUUCUACUACACUGCAGACCACCAACACGUUCAAUGCUGCUGCUAAUCAGAAGUUGACCCGCCGGACAGGACCACCCGUCAUUGUGUCUACCAUGGCAUCGCCCGACACAAGUAUCCGGCCCCAGAUCAUGAACGGGCCGAUGCACCCGCGCCCGCUGGUGGCGCUGCUGGACGGCCGUGACUGCACGGUGGAGAUGCCCAUCCUCAAAGACCUGGCCACCGUGGCCUUCUGCGAUGCCCAGUCCACACAGGAGAUCCACGAGAAGGUGUUGAAUGAGGCGGUGGGGGCCAUGAUGUACCACACCAUCACCCUGACGCGAGAGGACCUGGAGAAGUUCAAAGCCCUGCGCAUCAUCAUCCGAAUUGGCAGUGGCUAUGACAACAUUGACAUCAAAGCAGCUGGAGAACUGGGCAUUGCAGUGUGCAACAUUCCGGCGGCAGCAGUGGAGGAGACGGCCGACUCCACCAUUUGCCACAUCCUGAACCUGUACCGCCGGAACACCUGGCUGUACCAGGCCCUGCGUGAGGGCACCCGCGUCCAGAGCGUGGAGCAGAUCCGAGAGGUGGCCUCUGGGGCCGCACGCAUCCGUGGAGAGACCCUGGGCCUCAUCGGCUUCGGUCGCACGGGCCAGGCGGUGGCGGUGCGGGCGAAGGUGUUUGGCUUCAACGUGCUCUUCUACGACCCGUACCUGCAGGACGGCCUGGAGCGCUCGCUGGGCGUACAGCGUGUCUACACCCUCCAGGACCUGCUCUACCAGAGCGACUGCGUCUCCUUACACUGCAAUCUCAACGAACACAACCACCACCUCAUCAAUGACUUCACUAUCAAACAGAUGCGUCAGGGGGCGUUCCUGGUGAACACGGCCCGAGGGGGUCUGGUGGAUGAGAAGGCCCUCGCCCAGGCCCUGAAGGAGGGGCGGAUACGCGGAGCUGCCCUGGAUGUGCACGAGACCGAGCCCUUCAGCUUUGCCCAGGGCCCCCUGAAGGACGCCCCCAAUCUGAUCUGCACCCCCCACACUGCCUGGUACAGCGAGCAGGCCUCUCUGGAGAUGAGAGAGGCAGCGGCCACCGAGAUCCGGCGAGCCAUCACCGGCCGCAUCCCAGACAGCCUAAGAAACUGCGUCAACAAGGAGUUCUUUGUCACCACAGCACCCUGGGCAGUGAUGGACCAGCAGGGCGUCCACCCUGAGCUCAACGGUGCCACCUACAGGUACCCGCCAGGGCUGGUGGGCGUAGCUCCAGGUGGCAUCCCAGGGGCGAUGGAGGGUCUGGUGCCAGGUGGGGUGCCUGUCGCCCACAGCCUCCCAUCGGGCACCCACCCUUCCCAGGCCCCCUCCCCUAACCAGCCGUCCAAACACGGCGAGACCAGAGAACACCUGACCGAGCAAUAGCACCGCACCAGGAGGAGCCAUCGCUAUAGCAACACCAUAGCAACCAACCAAGUGAACAACCAAGCAACCAACCGGGACCAAGAGACAGUGAACUCACCCGCUGCCACACAGCACUGGGGGUUGACAUUCGUUCCAUGGAUUUCUACUCCUCCGUUUUUAAUUUUUAAAUCUCUCUCUCUGUCUCUCUUCUGGUUCAGUAAACUCUUUUUUGUUGUUGUUUUUGAGUUGUGUUCUGUUUCUUUUUCUCUUUGGAAAAAUUUUUUUCUUUUUCUCUUUUGGACAUCCAGUGUGCUAACACUAUGAAGGUGCGUUAGUGGGAAGAAAACCUCACCCCCCACCCUGACAACCCACAUCUGAUUGGAUGGCCUGCUUCCCAACGCACCAAUGGGAGAGCUCUGAGACACCACAGCAUUGCGUGCUACUGGACUCUGCCCCCCUCUCCGCCAUCCCACUCCCUAGCCAGCGCCCCCCACCCAAACCCCAAAGCACUCCACCUUCUCUGCCACCGCUCCCAUCCUUUUCCUGGCCCCUCCCUUAUCUGAUGUGUUGCUCCAUCUGAAUUUAGGCCCUGUAGAUGAUAUUUUUUUCUCUUUUGGUCUUCGGUAUGAAAGAAAGAAAUGAAAAAAAGGUUAUGAAAUAUAUAAAUCUAUAUUUAUCAGACAUCAGUUAAAGGAGAGAAGUAGUUUGAUUGCCCUCCUGCAGUGGUGAUCUACAGAGUGAGCUUAACCCUUUCCUGACCUCAGUCAUCCUUUUUUUGCCCCUCCUCCCCCCUAAGAACUUAGUUUAUGUCUGCUCCUUUGUUGCCCUCACCUUUAAUAGAGCCAUCAGUAGACCAAAUAUUUUAAACAUCAAGACGAGAUCAAAGUUCUAAGCUGUCUGGUAGUUGGGCUUUGUCAACAGCAACCUUGAAUAUGCUCACUCUACAAUAGCAUAUCUCAUUGAACUCCAAAAAACUUUGGGCCUACAGUAAAGCGUGGCCACCAGUUAGAGAGUGGGUCUUCAAACUGGUCUCUUUUUUCAGUGUUGGAUAACAUGGAUCAAAAAAAUGUGUGAAGUUUAUGGAGCCAAGUAUGAAUCGGGGAAGAAAAGACCAGCUCAGACCUUGGCUACUUUCAGAAGAUCUAGUGUGUUGAGACUGCACGGUCUUGAUGGAUUGCAGACUCUUGACAUAGGCCUAGGGCCACAACCACAUCAUCCGAAAAUGUAUUGACCCAUACAGACACCUUCAUUUAGAGUUGGCUUCAAAAAAGACUGUCUGUAGCUGAGAGAUGUUCUGUGUUUUUUUCUGAACACCAUUGACAUCUUUUUGUUUUGUUUUGGUUUUGUUCUUUUUUUCUUUCUCUCUGUGGUCUCAUGCUGCCGCCCCCAGAAGGACACAUUUUGUGUAGCCAUUCUGUAACCUGCCUGUGACUUCACUUGAUGUGUGCAAGAGACUCCAUGUGACUUUUUUUCUUACUGCUUGCAAAGUUGGAUGUUCAGUCCAGUUUUUUUGCUGAAAGGACAUUUCCUCACUGAAAGGACAGAAGGAUGGACGAUGUGGGACUCUCUUCUCAUUGGCUGGUCCAGACAGGCAGCGAUGCUCUUUUUCGCGUGUUUGCUUUCUCUUGUGUGAUCGGUUGAGCCUUCUGACGGACAUCACAGUUGAACAGGAAAGGGUUAAGGAGAUCUCCAUUCCGUAAUGACUCAGGAAAACACUUUUUGCAGAUGUUCUUUUGUCCCCCUCCAAUUUUUGGUCCGAGAAAGAAAGAAAGAAAAAAGAAUUCUGGGUAGUCUGCAUAUUUUCUCUCCAUUUUCCUCCCAUUGUGGUAUUUUUAUAUAUCAGAUGCAUCCCAUGUUUUUGGUGUUUUAAAAGAAAAAAGAAAAAAAGUUUUGCAGUCCUGUUAGAUUUGUAUUGCCUAGUUAAAUGUUCCUGUAAUCAUAGUCCUAUGUGAUCUUCCCUACCUUUCUCUCUCUCUCUCUCUCAUGCUCUCUCUCUCUCUCUCUCUCUCUCUCUCUCUGUCCCUUCCUCUACCUGUUUCAUUUCUUCCUUCCCCUCUCCCUUUUAUUUUUUUGUUGUUCUCUUGAAGGCCAGGUUUUUGGGGCGUCCUGUACUCUGUAAGAGCAAUAGCAAAACUCCUACUUAGUGCCCAACACUAGCAGAAGCAGAGGCCGUCAGCAGUAUGUUUUGUUUUUAGUGUGAGUAUUUGUAUUUGUUUCUUGUACAAGGUGAACAUUUAGCAUACAGUGCAGUUCAAAUAAAAGAUACAAUUCUGACAUCCUA